CUUAUCCAGACUCGCUUUUUUCACCUUUCAGGUUCUGAACCUUGUUGAAGAGAUCAUACAUUAUACAAUCUCUACCGGUCUAUAGAAGAUAAGACACUAUCCAUGGCAGCUCAAUCCAGUAUUAACAGUACUUUCAUAUGCUCCUCAUUUCCUUCACAAAACCCUAGUUUCAAAAUCCCCAAAACCCCCUUUCCCUUGAACCCCAAACCCCUUUUUCUGCGGUCCUCCACCGAUACUCCUGGCAUCAGAACAAAACCCAGUAUGAAACUUCAAAGACUCGCUGUUUCAGCAGAACCAUCCACUGCAAACCCAAUAUCUUCUGAAGAAAAUGAGAAAGUUGAGGUGAUUGUGAAGGUGAUGGAGACACCAAGGCUGGUACUGAAGUUCGUAUGGAUGGAGAAGAACAUUGGGGUGGCGUUGGAUCAAGUGAUACCAGGCUAUGGCACCAAUCCACUGAGCCCGUACUACUUCUGGCCAGGGAAAGAUGCAUGGGAGGAGCUCAAGUCCACUCUAGAGAGUAAGCCAUGGAUAUCUCAGAAGAAGAUGAUUAUUCUUCUCAAUGAGGCUACUGAUAUCAUCAAUUUGUGGCAGCAGGGUGGUGGCAAUCAAUCUUAGAAACACUAAUCUUGUUUAUGAGUCAUUACAGAAACAAGCCUUGUAAUUUCGUCAUUGGGGUUGCUGAUGCUUCUUUCACCCUCCAUAUUUGAAAUCUGAAUUUUACCAAAUCUUUAGUAGUUUUGGUUUGUAUUCGCAUUGAGAGUGUUCAUAACACUACAGAAUGCCAUGUAAAAUGAGGAAAACUCUCACCAUGGUGCAACAUUCUAGAUUUUGAAGAAAAGUUCUGAAAUAAUUGCAAACA